AUGAGUCGAUCAUCAGUAGUGUGUGAGUGGAGGGUCCGGCUGGGCGGGCGAUGCUGUGGAGCUGCUGGGUAUUAGAAGCCUUAUGGGUCCUGCGCUGCUAGUCCUUCUUAACGUAUUACCGUAAAUCUUCAGUGGAGGGUGAAAUAUGUCCGGACGGGGCGGGAGAUGUUUGUAUAGUUGAGCGGUGGUGGCGGAGAGAAAGAGGCGUACCGGGAAGACUUUAAAUCCGAGUCACAAGACUGACUGAGUGACUAAGAGACUCAAUGUCGGACUGGAGUUCAGCCGCCGGCUUCAGUUAAACAGUUAAAGUGGAUGGAGAACGAGGGAUUUUCUAAGGAGGGCUCCAGCAGCUCGGAUGAUGAGUUGGUGGAUCUGACCGGCACAGCGCAGGAUCUCAUUGACGAUGUCCCAUACCUGGACCAUGGCAGCACUGCAAACCACAGUAAUGGCAGCUGGGCUGGCAAUGCUGGGCUGCUGGAUCUCCUGGAAGAAGGGGUGCCUGGCGUGGGUACCUAUGAUGACUUCAACACCAUCGACUGGGUGAGGGAAAAGUCAAAAGAUCGGGACCGCCACAGAGAGAUCAGCAGAAAGAAGAAGCAGUCUGUGCUGGCUCUUCUCUUCAGUUUGAGUGAUGCUUUUUCUGGCUGGCUCCUGAUGCUCCUCAUCGGCCUAAUGUCAGGAGCCUUGGCAGGAGGUAUAGACAUUGCAGCUCAUUGGCUGACAGAUCUGAAGGAGGGCGUGUGCCUGAACGGUUUCUGGUUCAAUCAUGAGAACUGCUGCUGGGACUCCAAGGAGACCACCUUCCAGGAGAGAGACAAAUGCCCCCAGUGGAAAAGCUGGGCUGAGCUCAUGGUGGGAGUCACUGAGGGGGCGAGUGCAUACGUGGUGAAUUAUCUGAUGUACGUGUCCUGGGCUCUGCUAUUCUCGUUUCUGGCCGUAAUCUUGGUCAGAGCCUUCGCUCCAUACGCCUGCGGCUCAGGAAUCCCUGAGAUUAAGACCAUUCUGAGUGGUUUCAUAAUCAGAGGUUAUCUGGGGAAGUGGACACUGGUGAUAAAGACCAUCACUCUGGUUCUAGCCGUGUCAUCAGGCCUCAGCCUGGGUAAGGAGGGGCCGCUGGUGCAUGUGGCCUGCUGCUGCGCUAACAUCCUGUGCCACCUCUUCACCAAGUACCGCAAGAACGAGGCCAAGAGGAGGGAGGUACUCUCUGCAGCCUCUGCUGUGGGUGUGUCAGUAGCUUUUGGAGCUCCUAUUGGAGGAGUGCUUUUCAGUCUGGAAGAGGUCAGCUACUACUUCCCUCUGAAGACGCUGUGGCGCUCCUUCUUCGCUGCGCUGGUCGCUGCCUUCACCCUGCGCUCCAUUAACCCCUUCGGCAACAGCCGCUUAGUUCUGUUCUACGUGGAGUUCCACACUCCUUGGCACUUUCUGGAGCUCUUCCCCUUCGUGCUGCUGGGUAUUUUUGGAGGCCUGUGGGGGGCUCUGUUCAUUCGAGCUAACAUCGCGUGGUGUCGAAGGCGGAAGACCUCCCGCCUGGGCCACUACCCCGUGCUCGAGGUGCUGGUGGUGGCCCUGGCCACGGCGCUGCUGGCCUUUCCUAAUGAGUACACCCGCAUGAGCGGCAGUGAGCUGAUCUCAGAACUUUUUAAUGACUGCAGUUUGCUGGACUCAUCCAAACUUUGUGACUACCUCCCUCUGAGCAAGGUUGGAGAUAAAGGUGCCAACUUUAGUCAGAGCAGUAAUGGCCUAGCCGACCGGCCAGCGGGACCUGGGGUCUAUGCAGCCAUCUGGCAGCUGGCACUGGCCCUUGUGUUUAAAAUGUUCAUCACGGUGGUUACUUUCGGCAUGAAGGUGCCCUCUGGUCUGUUUAUUCCCAGCAUGGCAGUGGGGGCGAUAGCUGGCAGGUUACUGGGCAUUGGAAUGGAGCAGCUGGCCUACUACCACCAUGACUGGCCCAUGUUUAAAAGCUGGUGCUCUCCUGGAGCCGACUGCAUCACCCCAGGUCUUUAUGCCAUGCUCGGAGCUGCAGCAUGUUUGGGUGGUGUUACACGAAUGACCGUCUCUCUGGUGGUCAUCAUGUUUGAGCUGACUGGUGGGCUGGAGUACAUCGUCCCUCUAAUGGCAGCCACUAUGACCAGCAAGUGGGUGGCGGACGCUCUGGGGCGAGAGGGCAUCUACGAGGCACACAUCCGCCUUAACGGUUACCCCUUCCUGGAGACCAAAGAGGAGUUUGAACACAAGACUCUGGCCAUGGACGUGAUGCGACCGCGGAGGAGUGACCCCCCGCUGUCUGUGUUAACUCAGGACGGGAUGACCGUGGAGGAGGUGGAGGCUAUGAUAUCGGACACGUCGUACAGCGGCUUCCCUGUAGUGGUCUCUAAUGAGUCUCAGAGGCUGGUGGGCUUUGUGCUGCGGAGGGACCUGGUGAUAUCCAUAGAUAAUGCUCGUCGCUGCCAGGAGGGCAUUGUAGGAGCGUCGCAUAUACUCUUCACGGAUCACUCUCCGUCCCAGCCACUAGGUGGCCCUCCUCCACUCAAUUUGCGCAGUAUUCUGGACCUCAGUCCGCUGGCAGUCACUGACCACACACCCAUGGAAAUUACUGUGGACAUCUUCCGCAAACUUGGCCUCCGCCAAUGCCUUGUCACUCAGAACGGACGUCUGCUGGGGAUCAUCACCAAGAAGGACAUUUUGAAGCACAUGGCUCAGAUGGCCAAUAGAGACCCUGACUCUAUUCUGUUUAACUGAGAAGGAGUUACUGUGGAUUUUGGUAGGAGAAACGCUCAGAAGCCACACAGAUUUCCUUCACGCACAUCUAAGGCUGGAUUGGAUAGUACAGUUCUUACCUGUGUCUCUGUGUGUGUGGGGAGGAUUCUGGGGUUUACUGGUGUUACUGAUACAGGAUGCAGGUAUGAGUCUUGCUCGAGGCCCCUUCUACACCAGCAGAGCGGGACAUGCCUGGACAAGACGUCCUGCCACUGGAAGAUUCGUUUCUUGUUCUUCAGCUUAGCUUGAAGCCGAGGGGCCCUGAUGGGAAAAAAGUAUGAAUGGCCCAGACACUGCUGUUGACAUUAAAUACAAUUUGCCACUGACUACUGUAUGCUAUGUACUAUGUACACACACACACACACACACACACACACGUACACACACACACACCACUGGCGCACCAGUUACUCCACACAAACCACUGCUGUUCCAAAUCUCAAACAUCACCAAAACAUGCUUAAAUACACCAAACAAUUUUGUCUUAUGCACACAUUCUCUCUCUCACACAGAAGAUCUCGCACAAGAUCAACACAACCCACUGCUGGUUCACUUCCCUUAAAUGUGUAGUAUCACUAAAACAUGCCAGUGUAGCCAAAGAACACACACAUUCAUGAUGCCUUUAAAGCACCAGUUACUUCACAAGCCACUGCUGAUCCAAAAACCUCACAAUAAAGGAUGUUAAAGAACUUG